AUGACCAUGGGCACCAGUGCUGGCCUGGAAACUCAAGAGAAGGAGCCGACAGAGGAGAAGGCCAAACCAAAUUGCACCCUCUUCUGCGCCAAGCACUCUGCGUUUCCAUUGGCUCCACCCCUUAUGCAAAUUCUCUGUCCAGGCAGUUCCUGUGACCCUCCUCCCGACAUCCAUGUCUUAGCACAUCCAUGUGACUUAGCACCAGCCAAUCAGAGCAGCUGA